GUAGAACAUUUUUUGAGGAUAGGUUUUAUUCAGCUUCGGCUUUAAGCCUCAAUAUUAUCUGUUUUACUGAACGUUAUAGUCUAAUAGAAUGUUUACUAGCGUAACAUGCCAUUUUGUAGGAAAUAAUUUUCGAUAACGAAAAAUUAACUCAAUAUAUUUGUUCAAUUUUUUUCUACAGUUUAGUUUUUUUAUUUUUAUUGAGAGUACGGCAAGGACUUCGUCCGAUCUCUUUUUCUGCUUCAUCUCGUCAGCAAUAAGGUCCCAAAAUGGCCAUCGCUGGAGCUACUACGACUGGCAACAUCGUCAGUCAAGUUGUUUCACAAGUCGUCAGGGUCGUCAAAAAAAAGAAGAACUCCCCUCCUCCAUCCGACUGUUUCGUCCUCCGAAUGCACUACAACUAUGGCUUCUACCUCUUCGGUUUUCUGUUUUGGGCCACGUUUCACUCGUGGUACGCUAAAGACCCGUUGACGUGCGUUAGUCAUUUCAACGCUGAAGGCCAAGUUCGCGUUGAUUACCUGAAUUUCUGUAUGACUUACAUCUACGUUCCCUCAGACGAUAACCCUGAAAAAAGAAGAUAUUUGUUCUUCUACCGAUGGCUUCACUGGUGCAUGUUGAUCAUUGCACUUGCUUACUUCAUGAUCCGCAAGUUUGCCAAGUCAUUUGAAAACAAGAAACUGAGGAAGCUGCUCGCCGAUGUAAUUCACACUACUUCAAGCUAUGACCCGAGUAGUGAACGAGGACCUGUGGAAAAAUUAGUUCUCUAUUUGUCUGGUCAUCUGAGGUCACACAAUCCUAUUUUCCUCAAUGCUGUCCUCUCUGUGAUAUUUGCCCUUAUUGUUGACCUCCUCUCAUUUUGGUUCGUUGAUUACCUUCUGCAAAAUCGUUUCUACAAUUACGGUCUGAUGGCAUUCAAUACUCCUCGCGACACUAUCAAUUAUUCGGAUUACAUUUCUCGCAUCUUCCCGCCAUUUGCCAAGUGUACCAUCGGCGUGCAGCACAUGCUUACUGCUAAACGAGAAGAGACCUUGGGCUGUCACUUGGGCAUCAUGGAAGUGUACGAGAAAUUAUUUUUCUUCGUGUGGGUGUAUUUGGUUGUCGUAGUACUGGUCACUAUUGGGUAUUUGAUCAACCUUGCAUUCUAUUUCCAUCCCUAUUAUCAGCAGCUGGCUCUCAAACCCCAACGCCCUGUCCUUGCCGAAGACGACAAAGAUGUUGAAAAGAGAUUAGAAAAAGUUCUGAAAAGGUGCAAAGUUGGAGACAUCUACGUGUUGAAGAAACUGAAAGCUCACCUCUCGAAUACUAGAUACUACAUGUUGCUGUGCAGAUUGAGCGAUCCUUCCCUCGCCGAUGUUAUCAGCCACGAUCCCACUACGCUAAAAAUUAACAACCGGCCUUCUAAACAAGUCGUACCUCAAGGAAAGCCUGGGAUGAUGGGUAAUCAGGGCAUGCAGGCUUACAUGAUGAUGAAUCGAGGCCAGAAAGGCAACAUGAGCAUGGUGUUCAUGACGAGUGCGGGCAACAUGAGCAUGAUGUUCAUGACGAGUGCGGUUGACGAGUGCGGGCAACAUGAGCAUGAUGUUCAUGACGAGCGCGGUAACAUGAGCAUGAUGUUCAUGACGAGUGCGGGCAACAUGAUCAUGAUGUACAUGACGAGUGCGGACGUGGAGUAUUCGUCAGGACUAAGAAGAGGAGGCACGGGAGCCCCACGAGAUAAAAUCAUGGGUAUGCCCGGACAAGGUGGCAGGUCGUUCGACAUUAUUCGACAAAUCGUUGGAAAUGUGGUUAAUAUCUUCAAUAAGCGCCCUACUGUUUGCACUGCGCCUUGCGAUGGCAUGGUACUUAAGAUGCACUACCAGUGGACCUUUUGGGUGAUGCUUGGAGGUUUCUCUGCCAUCUGGUACUCAUGGUUCCACAGAGACGUGAUCACGUGUGCAUCGCACUUCAAUGCAGAAACUCAAGUCAGAUUAGACUACAUCAACAUUUGUUUAUCCUAUCCAUAUAUAGAGGUUGGAUCUGAUCGGCGCUACCUACUCUUCUAUCGAUGGAUACAUUGGGUUCUGCUUAUAUUAGGCGCUUUGUAUUACAUACCGCGGAAAAUAUCGAAAAAUGCGGAAAACCCAAAAGUCAAAAAGCUCUUCGAAGACCUGGCCGUGGGAGUUCACAGAUACGAUAAUUACGAGAGGGAAAUGGUUGACCGGGCCGCCCGUUACAUGGCUUUCAAUAUCAAAACUCACAACGCUCUUUUCUACAAAUACCUUUCUUGCAACGUCAUCGCUCUCGCUAUAGACCUAUUUGCCUUUCAUUUCCUCGAUUAUGUCUUCCAGAACAGAUUUCUGAAGCUGGGUUUUCAGUCCUAUCCCUUCAACCGAGACCCUAAGACUUUCACUGACUACAUGUCUCAGACUUUCCCUCCAUUCGCUGACUGUGAAUUGGGCGUGGAGUCUCAGCUCGUGAACAAGCGAACAGAAAAGCUCGGUUGUCACUUGACCGUCAUGGAGCUCUACGAGAAGAUUUUCUUAGCCCUCUGGCUCUGGCUCAUCCUAUUGACGAUCCUUACUUCCCUCUACAUCGUGUAUCUCUUCUUCUUCUGGAGCCCCUGGGCCCGCCUCCACAUUCUACGAGUCUCAAAACCUGUGAAUGCAAAAGACACCGUCCGAAACACUGUAGUGAGCGUCCUUCAAAACUGCAAAAUUGGCGAUAUUUACCUGCUCUACAGACUGAGGCAGCACUUCAGUCACGCUCGCUAUUAUGAUCUCUUGACGAAACUUUCAGAUCCUGAUUUCUUAAGAAUGUUCUUGGAUAACGUGAGCAUAGAUCACAAAGGUGGUGGACAACAAGACCUAAGACACCGAAACAAGGCUCCUAUGAUAAAGAGUCCUGGCAAAUACGACCUGUACACGAAGCCCAACAAGGGCAUUCUUGUGGAGUAGUAUAUGGUGCACAUGACGCGAGAGGAUAUUCGCAGGUAUUAUCUCGUUGCAUUUGUCGUUUAUGUUACGCGUAUUCAUGUUGCGAGAACUGGCUGGCAAUAACGAAAGAAGUUCUAAAUUACUGGUACCACUGUCACUCGAGUCCCGUUUUUUCCGUUCAGGCUGAGGGGGAAGUUCACUUUGUUUGGCUCUGAAUGUAAUGACUGUGAUGUAUUUUUCAGGGCGUGUCAU